UUUGCUGAGGGAAAUAUUAUAUGAGCUGCCCUGUGGUGCGGGGCCCCCAGAGGUGCGGGGCCCUAUUGGGCCCAAUUGGUCCAAUAGGCUUAAGGCCGGCCCUGCAUAUAUGAUGACUGUGAUGACAAUGAUGAUGAUGACAGGGUUUGAUUAAUGCACAGGGUCCCCUAGGCUAUAGCCUAUGUGAUCAGGGGCCCGGCUAGCUUUUCUCAGCUAUUGAUUUUAUUUAUUUUUCGUUAAAUAUUUAUUUUUAUUUGCGAUGCUGAGUUUUAUCAGGCACACCUCCUGGGGGAAGAAGGCAGACCCAGUGAUGUCAUGGGUCAAAGUAAAAAGGUAUUUUUUAAAACAUAGCCUCUAAAUUUGCGGAAGGUAAGAUGCUGGUACAAGAUUUGGUUUGUGUUUUCAGUUGUUGGUAGAUAAAGAGACCACUGUGUAGAAGUAGACAAUGAUUUGUAAAAUGUACGAGGGUGCAGCUAUGGCCGGCCCUGUAUAUACAUUGCGUGUUACAUUGCCUGUCACAAUGACAAGCACAGCUAUACUAGCGAUUGGCUUUUCAGGUUUCCCACCUCCCUUGCUCAUUCCUUGCGGCUCCUGUUCAGCAGAACCGAAGAGCUAUCGCGCAUGCGCAAUAUUUAAAUGCCCUCCAGCUGGCAGCGAGUUGCUUAGUGCACUGUAGCUUGUCCCGUACUGGAGUUUAGUCUGUGCCCGAAAACACUGGUCUGUCAGGGGUAGCGCUGCCCAUCGGAGGCUGCAACUACUGCACAUUAUCGUAAGGAUAUAACCAAGAGGAGCUGGCAUGGAGGAGUAAUUCUGGACCUUGAUGAGAAGGCAAACACAGAAAAGAAAGCCCGAGUCCAGUUAGGAGCAUCAUCUCUCGCUAGCCAUGAGCUGUCUGGAUGUUAUGUACCAAGUGUACGGUCCUCCUCAGCCUUAUUUUGCGGCAGCAUACAGUCCUUACCAUCAGAAACUUGCCUUUUACUCGAAGAUGCAGGAAGCCCCAGAGAGUAUCAGUACCAGCAGCAGUACCAGCAGCAGUGGCAGCUCCUUCUCUAGCCAUGUGCCCACCAGCAUCAAGGAAGAGGAGUGUAGCCCGGGGAAGGAGAGACCCCCAGAGGCAGAGUACAUUAGCUCCAGAUGUGUGCUCUUUACUUACUUUCAGGGGGACAUUAGCUCCGUGGUGGAUGAGCACUUUAGCAGGGCCCUCAGUCAGCCCAGCAGUUACUCACCCAGCAGCACCAGUGCCAAGUCAUCUAGGAGUGCCAAUACAUGGAGGGAGUCAUCUUUCCCAAUGAGUCAAAGGAGCUUCCCACCAUCAUUUUGGAAUAGCAGUUAUCAUCCUUCUGCAGUUUCUGCUCCCUCUUCCUUGAGCAGUAGCCUAGCUAGUCCUCUGAGUGGUUCACAUGCAGAUAUUACAUUUGGGGCAGACCCUUAUUCUCCAGCAUCUAUUCACAGUCACCUUCACCAAGGUCCCCCGGAGCCCUGGCACCAUGCACAUCACCAUCAUCAUCAUCACCACCCUUAUGCCAUUGGGGGAGCUUUAAAUACUCAAGGCUCCAGUUACCCUCGGCCGGGUAUGCAUGAGGUCUACAGCACACACUUUGAUCCCCGCUACAGCUCCCUCCUUGUGCCAGCCUCUGUUCGACCUCACAGGAUCACCCCAGCAGGGACAUCUGCAUCUACAGCACAAUGUGAUUUGGGAAAAGGAGAACCAGCCACUUCUGCAUGGACAACACCUGGGCCAUUUACAGGGCCAGCAACAGAGAUGGGACAGAGCAUUGGCCUUAAUGUAGAUGCAGGUCUACAGCCCCAGGAUAAAAGCAAGGAUCUGUACUGGUUUUAACCUGUUCUCACAGCUAAAUUUUCUCCAGCAUGUAGAAUUGAUGACAUUCUGAGCUGACUUUGGAGUUGCUUUGGUUUGGUGGUAACCGCUUGUGAUCUUGGUUUGCAGCUCGUCGUUAUUCCUUCUGUGGCGGGACUCUCCUGAGCUGAUGUUCUUAAAGAUUCUGAGUCAAACCAUUCACCCAACGUCUCAGCUUAAUCAAGACCUACAACAGAUCUGAACCAGCACUGGGACUGCAAGGGAAGGAUGAAAAUAGGACUCCAAAUCCCAAGACUAUUAGGAGAUAAAAUGUCUCUUCCUUCUUUGCUGAGACCAGUCAAAAGAACAAUGUUAUUUCUAUUUAAAUUGUUAUCUAAAACUAAUUGGUGCCAUCUGAAAGAAGUACGUAUAUAUAUAUAUAUAUACAGUACAUAUAUAUAUAUAUAUAUAUAAAUAUAUUAAUAUAAAUUUAUUGGCUUACUUUUGACAAAAGACUAUUUUAUGGUGUUGUGAAUAUUUUUUAUGCCUAUGUGAAUUUUACUUUCCUUGCAAGCUACCUGUUUAAUGAUCCAGUCCAGUAUAUAUAUAUAUAUAUAUAUAUAUAUAUAUAUAUAUAUAUAUAUAUAUAUAUAUAUAUAUAUAUAUAUAUAUAUAUAUGUCUGUACAGUGAGUACUAUGUUGUAUGUUGAUAAAACAGCACACACAGAGACACACACAUAAAUGAAAGGUCAGUGGACUAUAGGUUGAUACACAAUCCAGCCUAUGUUGUACAUGGACCACCUGCCCCAAGCUUAUAGAACUGCAGCUGUUAAACAGACAACUGUUCAAACUCCAGAAAUAUGACAAGCAAGGUGGCACUUCCCAGGGUUUAGCCCAACAAUUGCAUUUCUUUUUUACAAGGAGAAUUUUAUGAUGAAAGAAGAAACCCUUUAGAAAAUUGACAGCCUUUACAUGGAACAACUGCAGGAACAGAAUGAAAGGAGAUCUCCAGAGAGCUCAGCAUGGACAAUUGAUCUCAGACAGCUUCUGCACUGCUGUCCUUCUGCCACUUUGGGACACAGAGCAAGAUGUGUUUAAUUGUAGAACUUGAGUAUUAGAAAUAUCUCCUUGAUUUUGGCUGACUUGCUUUGUAAGAAAACAUACCAUUUUAAUUUCUGGAAAAAAAUAAUCAAAGAGCAAUGGCCCACUUAUAUUUAUAGUGGUUGGCAUAUUAUGCCUUUUGAAUAAACAGCUGUUUGAGAAUGACCUAACAAAGUUUAUAUGUAACAUAAGUUGCUUCUGUCAUGUUCAUUGUUCAGUAAAAUUACUUGUGGGCUUAAAAGUUGCAAACUAAGAACACUUGACAUAUCACCGUUUAUUUACCCUUGCAUUAUCAUAUUUAUCCUGCUAAAUUGUCUCUAUAACUGUACAGGCAUUUUACUGAAAUUAGAUUCACAUCUGUCUGCUCACUGGGUGAUCACAGUUAAUUUUGUGAAGGCUCUGGUCUAGAAAAAUUAGAACUGUAAUCUAAAACAUAACUGAAAGUAAGUCCACUUAAGAAUUUAAGAUUUCAUUCACAAACCUUUAAAUUAUGGGCAUUAAAACGAAUUUUAUAAAUAAAAAUGUUUCUGUAAUUUGUGAUAUAGCAAAAUCCCAAUCCGUAAGGGUGUUAAUAUUUUGAUAUUUCUUUUUUUUGACCAAUCAGAAAAUAUUUACAUGCACUGUCAUAAUGUUGUGACUAAAAGCCAGGCAUAAUGCCAAAGCAUGCAAUAAAGCAUUAUUUAAGAACCUAUGUUUAUUGUAAUUUUUUGCAAAUAUGUUAUGUCCAAUACAUAAGAAGAACAGCCCACAAAGUUGCCCCUUGCAACAUCUAGUCAUUUGACAAUACAGUCAGGGAGAAUAAAAAAGGAGUGGCUUAAGUGGUCUAUAUUUCAUCUGAUACAUUUCAAAUACAGAAUAAAAUGUAAAAAUAAAGAAUUGAAAACGUGAAACACUGAAGAUUAAAUGAACUAACAUUCAAAAAGUCAGUUGUUUGUAAAUUAGGUAACAGCGAUGACUAUCACAUUUAAAUAUAUUUAAAACACAAGUGAGUCAAACAGUGGCAUAACUACUAGGGGUGGGAGAAGGUGGGACUGCACCCAAGCCUGCCAUAGGGUCCUGCCAGGAACACCACAGCAUGAUGCUGAAGGAUGGGAGGUACAAGUGUGUGUGGGUACAUGUCCUGGGGUGGGGUGGCCUGUGCAGGUUUUGCUCCCUUCCUGCUGGGCUUUAGUUAUCUGGAGUUAAAUGAAUGUAAGUGCCUGUGAUAAUCCCAGAAUCAAUUUACUGUAGAACUGCAAGGAAUUUCUAUACUUUCAAAAAAAUAUCUCGCUGUUUCAUUAUCAAGAUAAAUAUAUAUAAAUAAAGUUUUUUUAUUUUAGAA